CUCGACGUAGAGAGUUUGCGCGAUUUUGGAGUCGAUGCCGGUAUUACUCCGAUACUAUUUCGGAGCGCUCGUGUCCGCGCCACUGGACGCGCGCUACUGCGAGCGUCGCGUCAGUUCGAUCGUCGACAGAGGAUCGUGUGGAGGGUAGAGGUAGUGGUGAAUGCGACGUGUAUUCGGCGCAAACGCAAGAGUGUGGAGGAGAGCGCAGUGAAAUAGCAAGCGACCGUCCGGCUUCAUCGGCAGUGUGAACGUGGACCGGCACAUCAGUUUCGCACGUGUGUCAGUUCCGUCAGAAACGUCUCUUUUCUUGCCACGUGGUGACGAAGAGAAGCGCGCGUUCUGUUUUCCCUUUUUUUCCCCGCCGUCUUUCAUUUAUCGGACUCGGCUUCCUUCCCGCCUGUCCACGUGGUACGGUGAUGCUCACGCAGCAAGUCGCCCAUUCACGUUACUCCGAUAUUGCAAAUAGCCGCGCGGAAACGCGUGUGACACUCGAGCGCGCCAAUUUCGGAGAGCGUAGGUGAAGGCAGACGCGUGCACGUGCGAGAGGAUGCCAGACAAGGUAGCGCCGGCGGAGAAGACGGUCCCGCGAUCCGUGAUCGCGGGGCCGGACAGCGGCAAUGAGGGUAUUAAGCUGAAGAAGGAAUUAGGUUUGUGGGACGGAGUGGCGAUCAUCGUCGGCAUCAUCGUCGGCGCCGGUAUCUUCGUUUCGCCAAAGGGUGUGCUCCUGAACAGCGGCAGCGUCGGUCAGGCCCUUAUAGUCUGGAUCUUCUCCGGGAUCCUGUCGCUCAUCGGAGCUCUAUGUUAUGCUGAACUUGGUACGAUGAUUCCCAGAUCUGGUGGUGAUUAUGCGUAUAUCAGCGACGCCUUUGGACCUUUGCCAGCGUUCCUUUAUCUCUGGGUGGCGUUAUUCAUCCUGGUGCCAACAGGGAACGCUAUCACAGCACUUACAUUUGCACAAUACAUCCUACAACCCGCGUGGCCCGGUUGCGAACCGCCAUAUGAAGCGGUGCGACUCCUCGCUGCUGUGAUCACGUGUCUGCUGACCGCCAUCAAUUGUUACAAUGUCAAAUGGGCGACCAGAGUGCAAGAUUUCUUCACAGCCACCAAAAUUUUCGCUUUACUGAUCAUCAUAAUAGCGGGUCUGGUGUGGCUCUGUCAAGGCCACACAGAGAACUUUCAACGUCCAAUGGCUGGCACCAACACUCAGCCCGGUUAUAUCGCCCUCGCGAUUUAUUCCGGACUGUUCUCUUAUUCAGGCUGGAAUUAUCUCAACUUCGUGACGGAAGAGCUUCAAGAUCCUUAUAAAAAUCUUCCAAAGGCUAUUUGUAUAUCAUUGCCGGUAGUAACAGUGAUUUACGUUUUCGCAAACAUCGCAUAUUUUGUUGUACUCACACAAGACGAAAUACUUGCGUCGAAUGCCGUAGCUGUUACCUUCGGCGAUAAAUUGCUGGGUGUUAUGUCAUGGAUCAUACCAUUCUUCGUGGCGUGUUCGACUUUCGGAGCAUUAAACGGCGCGAUAUUUGCAUCAUCCAGGUUGUUCUUUGUCGGCGCCCGAAACGGACAUCUCCCCACUGCCAUUGCUUUGAUUAAUGUCCGCAAUUUGACGCCGAUGCCAUCUCUCAUCUUCCUCUGCCUUAUCACCUUAGUCCUCCUCAUUAUAAAGGAUGUCUACGUAUUAAUAAAUUAUGUCAGCUUCGUUGAGGCUCUAUUUACCACAUUUUCCGUGUCUGGUCUAUUGUGGCUACGUUACAAAAAGCCUGAUCUCCAUCGUCCUAUAAAGGUUUCCAUAACUUUACCAAUCAUUUUCUUCAUCAUUUGCGUAUUUCUGGUCAUCUUUCCAUGCUAUGUUUCACCAUGGGAGGUAAGCAUAGGUAUAAUUAUAAUCUUGUCUGGAAUCCCCAUGUAUUGGAUCUUCAUUGAUUGGAAGGCGAAGCCCGCAUGGCUCGUAAAUGGAUCCCAUAAUUUCAAUAUGGCGUGUGCCAAGCUGUUCAUGUGUGUACAAGAAGAUAAAACUGAGUGAAAUAUGUGAAAGUAGUUGUAAUUAUUGCCAAAAAUUUCAAAUUAUGGUGCCUAAAUUCGAGAAUGCGUUUUAUGUGAGUAUGCGUAUUUUUAGAUAGAUAAAUUAAUUCGUCCUUUUUUAGAUAGAUAAAUUAAAAUUAUAAUCCUAAUCACACACAUCAAAUGUCAAUUACAACAUCGAAUUUUGUCGAACAGUUGCAUAAUUUUAUAAGUAUUAACGACAAUACGUGCAUGUGAAUGACAUAACACGAUUGUCAAUGUAGAUCUGUAAUUUUUAUAUAUUCUCAUAAUAUGAAUUAUAAUUUUUAUAUUCGUGAUUAUUUAUGUGAUCGCUUUGUAUCCGAAACGAUUGCUAUAAUCAAUCUUGGCGUCAGGAAAAUUCAAGAAUCAAUUAUUAACUAUAUGUUCAAGAAUUUCGAUAUUAUUUUAGUAUUUAU